CCGAGAAGCGACAACAAACCAGACGGGACGAAGUAAAGAAGAUGAACAACAACAACACGAAAAGUGACGGAGAGCAUAAAUAAACGUGUGGAACCAAUACCAGGCGGGUUGUUUUCAUAAGUUUCAGUCAACUGGCUCGUGUUCCUUCCCAAUUAAACAAGUUUGAGGGCUCAGACAACUCAGCUGGGAACAAGUUAAACUUACGGUACUGUUUACUUCACGGUCAUGGGCGAGGAGUGUGUCCGGGUGGCGCUCCGUAUUCGCCCUCUGCUGCCCAAAGAAGUCCUGCACCACCACCAGGUGUGUGUGCGGGCGGUGCCGGGCUCCGGGCAGGUGAUGCUCGGCACGGACCGACUCUUCUCUUUUGACCACGUGUUUGGACCGACAGCCAGCCAGGACGAGGUGUACGAGUCCGGCGUCCAGCCCCUGGUGGAGUCCCUGGUCGACGGUUACAACGCAACCGUCUUUUGCUACGGACAAACGGGGUCAGGCAAGACACACACACUCGGAGGUGGGGCCCGGGAUGAAGAUGGGGGAAUUAUCGAGCGCGUGGCCCAGGAUGUGUUCUUGUUUCUGGAGGACAAGAGGAGCAGCAGUGAUGGCGUAGAGGCCACGGUGCAGGUUUCAUAUAUGGAGCUGUACAGGGAGGAACUACGAGACCUGCUGGAGCUGCACACUGUUCACAAAGAGCUUCAUAUCAGAGAAGAUGAGAGGGGAAACACGGUGGUGGUGGGAGCCAGAGAGGUGGUUGUCACCUCAGCGGAGGAGCUGCUCAGCGUUCUGGAGAUGGGAAACGCUCUCCGUCACACGGGCACCACGGGAAUGAAUGAGCACUCCAGUCGUUCCCACACCAUCCUCACCCUCCAGGUCGUCCUAGGUUGCCACAGAAACGCCUCGUCCGUGAAGUCUUUCCGCUCCUCCAAACUCUGUUUGGUCGACCUGGCAGGUUCGGAACGUGCUGGAAAAACUGGAAACACUGGGACGCGACUCAAAGAGUCUGUUCAUAUCAACACAGGCCUGCUCGCCCUGGGCAAUGUCAUCCGUGCCCUCUCUGACCAUGGUCGCAAUCGCCGUGGCAACAGCUGCAGCAGUGCACACGUACCGUACCGUGAUGCCAAGAUCACCCGUCUUCUUCGCGAUUCAUUGGGAGGCACAGCGCACACGCUGAUGGUGGCAUGUGUAAGCCCUUCCCACCACUUUGUAGCGGAGACUCUGAGUGUCCUGCAGUUUGCGUCAAAGGCUCGUCACAUUAGGAACCGUCCGGGAGCAACGGCUUCUCACACAGAGGUUAAAUCAUGCCCCGCAGCCUGGCACCCUGGCGAGGCUCGACUGGGUGAGCUGGAGUUUGAAGUACAGACGCUGAGAGAGCUUCUGAAAGAGAAGGAGAGAGAGGUGCAGAUGGAAAGAGAAAAGGCGCGGGCAGGAGGUGAAGAGGAGGACAAACAGUCCAGUCAAAUCAGGGAGCCAUCAUCUGAACCAGAUAAGAAGAUGAGCCAAAAGGAACUGUCACAGUUACUCCUCUUAGCACGGGAAGCUGCAGCUCUUCUUGAUGAAAGCUCUUCUCCGAGCGUUUCUUUCAGGCAGCGACUGCAAGACUGGCAGGAGAGACUGACAGCUGCCAAUCAGUCAAUUCAAAGGGGUGAUGAGGACUGUUCAGAGGAGGAGGGAGAGCAACAUGGCCAUGUCACUAUUUUAAAACUCAGAGAAGAGCUUAAAAAAUGCCAGGAAGUUCUUGAUAUAAAAGAGCAGCUGCUGGAGCAGAGAGAUGCAGAACUGAGACAGUUACAAAAAGAAGUGAAGGAACUUCUUGAAGAGAGAAAAACCCACCUCACAGCCUCGGAGGAAGCAAAAGAGCGUGUUCGUAUACAGACCGAACACCUGAUCAACCAGCAGAUUCUGAUCGAUCGCCUUCGCAGCGACCUCCUGACCUUUCAGGGCGCAGACUCCGGAGCAGCAAUGGAAGCAGGACAUAAUGUUGAGAGCUCAGACAAGAGACCCCAGAGUGUCCCUCUGGUGAGACACAGCAGUGUCCACAGGCCUCCCAGGAAGAUUCACUCCAGCCCACCGGCCUAUUCACUGGAGAGGGUGAUGGCAGCUUUUAAGAUGCGUGGCCAUCUCCUGCUGGCCGAGAUUGAGGAAAAGGAUGAAGUGUACUGUCCAUUCAUAAAACGAGAGGCUGAGAGCGACGGCAAGGGUCAAGAGAAGGAGGCGAAUGGCAAUUUUGUGGGCGGAACUGGAUUUAGGCGUUCUUUAAACCGAACUUGGACCAGUCGGCAGAAGAAGUCACCUCCAAAAUACAAAAACCCCGAACCUGACCGAACAUGUUAUGGAAACCAGAAGCCUCAAGGAGCCACAGGCACAGAGGAAAACCAGCUCAAACAAAACCACGUGAGGAAGCUGGGAAUAAGAACCAGCGUUACCGAGAGAAGGAUCCAAGAUCUGUCAAUCAACAUGCGCAUGAAAGAGCAGCUCAUCAAAGAGCUCGACAAAACUGAAAAGGAAACUCGAGCAGUGGACCGGCAUGGCAGGAGCAGUGGUGAUGGCAGGGAAGAUGUCGCGCUGGCGAGACUUUCCAUGCAGAGCCAGCAGGUGCGAGAACAGAUGUACCACAGCCUGCAGCACAUGAGACUGCAGAGGGCACGGCUUCAGACCAGCCUCAGGGAGCUGAGUGAGCCCAGAGACAACAGCAAAGACCUCCACCAAAACGGGAGCCAAAAUGCAGGACAUUCGAGUGUGUGCAAAGACUCUCACUUAGAAGAGACAAACAAAAAGCUGUGGGACAGUAGUUGGCUGGAAGAAGAGGAGGAGCUGGUUCUUCAGAAGAGAGCACAGCUGCAGGAGCUGGAGGAGGAGCUGAGGAGGAGAGAAGAGGUGCUCCUCCGCAGAGAGGCCUGCCUGCGACAAAAAAGCAAACUAGAGACCAAGAUGCUGCGCUCCAGUCAGGCCUUGAGUCAGGACCUGCUGCGUGUGUCGACGCAGUUGGAGUCUCUGGAGGAGAAGCUGCAGAGGAGCGACAGAGUGAGGAAGACUGGAGGAGUCACCAUAGAGGAACUGGAGAGAGAAAGAGACAUACUCAAAAAGAGAAGAGACGCUCUGGACGUCCAGCUGAAGGACAACAGAGUGCUCACGCUGGAGGAGGAGCAUUCCCUUCUGCAGCUGGAGGAAGCUAUCGAAGCUCUGGAUGCAGCUCUGGAGUUUAAGAAUAAGUCGAUCCAGGACAGACAGAAGAAGCUGUUAAUCCCUGACUCUUCUUUGAAUCAGUCCCAAAGCAGUGACCUCUGUGAUGUCAUCAGGAAGCUGAAGAUGCUGUCACCACCUGAGGUCUUGGAGCUGCUCAUUAAAUAUUUCAAAAAGGUCGUUUGUCUUCGUGAGGCUGAGCGGCAUUUGCAUUUGCGUUGUGAAGAGCUGGAGCUUCACGCUGGAGAGCAGGAGGUGGUGCUAAGGGAGAUGGAGGCCGCUAUGCAGCGUCUGGUCCUGGAUGCAGACCGCAGACUUACCCAACAACACAGAGAUCACCAGAACAACAUCCAGCUGCUGCUACAGAAACUUAAAGAGAGCGUUUCAGGGGAGGCAGAGAAGUGUAAAGAAGACAGAGUGCAGCAUCUAGAGAAAGAGCUGUUUUUCUACAAAAGCACCAGUCGACAGCUCAAAAUGAAACUCAAAGAGCUCCUCAGCGGUUCCCUACGCCCUGAUGACCAGUCCUCACACCCACAGGAGCCCAGACCCAUGCACAACAUGCAGACACAUGCAGAGUCAAAUGAACCCGACAAGGUACAGACAAGUACACAUAUUUCAACAACAUACACAAAGAUACAUUCUGAGACACACAGCUACUCUCAUACGAACAGAAAUGCAGCCCAACCACAUGGUUCCUCUUCUUCGGCUGAACGGCACGCGCUCAAAAAGUCAAAAACUGCUGAAUACAAUCUGAUACAGGUCCAGGGGAGGAGUACAAGCGGUUCAUUGGGAGAACGUUUAGAGAUGACGCCGGUCCGACUGUGUCGCAGAGAGCUGAGACAGAUCUCUGCAGCAGACCUGCAGGUCUCUGGUUCUGCCACAGGAAGGCGACAGUCUGUUGUUGACACCAGCACUGAGUCAAUGGUGGAGGACUCAAUAGAAGUGUCCAGAAAUAGUGACAGAUGAACAUUUGCAUAUCUAUUCAUUGGCUUCACGUAGAUUGUAGUACUUAUGUGUCACUUGGCGCAUUUAGUGUCUAGUCACAUACUGCUUGAUGGAAAACACUUGAUUUAAGGACUCUGCUGGGCUUAAAGGUCAGUGAGAAGUGUCCACAAGGACAAUAAAUUACUUAAUGUAACAUCAUUUUUUACUUUUUUUAUGCUCUUUGUAAAAAACAUUCUUCAUGCCACUAUUGAUGCCUGGCCACAGGAGCCAUGAAAUGUGAGGGUUUUAUGACAUUGGGAGAAGAAGAUGGACUGGUUAACCCUCUUUUGUUUGUCUUCCAUGGCGGUCACGUGUUUCCUAGAUCGCAUCUCCGCUGCCAUGUUGUGAUGCCAGAGUGAAACUUUUGCAACGAUAGGCUCAGCUGUUGUCGCACACAAAUUCAGCACUGCACUUCCCAUGCCCACACCCACCACCACCACUACAUUACUUGGGCUCUAAUUCUGUCUCUUGUCCUAGAAAAAUCCUUGAAUGUGAAUAUGUUGUACACAUAGCAUUAAAUCGACUCUCCUUUUGCAAACACUGGUAGUGCAGAAUGCACAAUUAGUUAGGAAAUAAAACAAAGCUUUGUCUUUUGACAUCUUAAUUUACACUAUUGAGCACUUAAAAGUCCAGUAGAUAGAAUUUAUUAUUCUGCGCUACAGCAGUAAUAAAACUCUUGGUAGACUGUUUUUUUUUUAUCCACUGACUUUUUGAUACAAAAUGUGUGUGCAGCUGUUCAUUGUGUGUCUAUUGCAACGUAAUUUAUUUUUCUUCAUAUUUUCCUAUUACACUAAUAUAUUAAAAUUCCUCAUAUGCA